UAUGAGACGUUGUGUGUUUUGUUUCACGGGGGGCAGUCCAACUUCGUUUUAACUCAGUAAUACGUUAGCCGUCGCGCAGUCAAAACGAUGGCUGAUAAAGUUGCAAAACUUAGCUUCAGAACAUUAGGAAGGCGAUAUUGCCAACCGCAACCGCAAAGCCGCAACAAGAGCACGAGGUUGCCAACUCUCCCAAAAUCUGACUUCAAACCAAAACAAUAUGCGGGUCCAGCAUUUCAGAAUACCGAGGUUCUGAAGAGUAAGCACAUGCCACCAGCAGUCUACAAUAUUUACAAGAAUCCUCUUUUACUGCACCAAGGUCACAAGCAGUGGCUCUUCGACCACGAAGGUAGAAGAUACCUGGACCUUUUUGGUGGCAUCGUCACCGUAUCCGUCGGACAUUGCCAUCCUAAAGUGGUCGGCGCAUUACAAGAACAAAUAAACACUUUGUGGCACUGUACGAAUAUUUAUCGGCACCCCAAGAUCUAUGAGUACAUCGAGCAACUGGUCGCAAAGUUUCCCGGCGAUUUGAAGGUGGUGUACUUGGUGAACAGCGGAAGUGAAGCCAAUGAUCUAGCGACCCUGCUGGCGAAGGCCUACACUGGCAAUCUCGACGUGGUCUCCUUGCAGAGCAGCUACCAUGGAUAUUCGUCCGCCUUGAUGGGACUGACCGCCACUCAGUCCUAUAGGUUGAAAGUACCCGUGCCUCCUGGGUUUUAUCAUACAAUGUUACCAGACCCUUUUAGAGGUAUUUGGGGAGGGUGUCGUGAUUCACUGUCCCAGGUGCCUGGCGCUUGUUCUUGUCCAGGCGAUUGCGUCACAGCUGACAAAUAUAUUCACCAGCUCAAUGAGCUUCUAGAAAAUUCGAUACCGAAGGGACGACUGGCAGCUUUGUUUGCGGAGUCCAUUCAAGGGGUCAACGGCACUGUACAGUUCCCAAAGGGUUAUUUGAAGAAAGCACAUCAACUCGUCAAGAAAUAUGGAGGACUUUACGUAGCUGAUGAAGUUCAAACAGGCUUUGGGAGGACAGGCGAUAAGUUCUGGGGUUUCGAGAACCACGACGUUGUACCGGACAUAGUGACAAUGGCUAAGGGGAUUGGCAAUGGUUUCCCCAUGGCUGCCGUGGUCACCACCAAGGAGAUUGCUGCCGCCCACGCCAGCGCCACAUACUUCAACACGUUCGGCGGGAACCCCAUGGCGUCGGCUGUCGGCAAAGCUGUUCUGGAUGUAAUCGAGGAAGAAGGAUUACAAAAUAAUUGCAAAGUCGUCGGAAAAUAUUUUGUUGAACAAUUGAUGGAGUUGCAAAAACAACACCCGAUCAUUGGGGAUGUGCGCGGAAAGGGAUUGAUGUUGGGAAUUGAGUUCGUUGAACCCGGUACCAAGGUGCCCCUGCCCAUUCCUGAAGUAAACUUAAUUCAUGAGGAUAUGAAGGACAUGGGCGUCCUAAUUGGUCGUGGAGGCCGAUGGAAUAAUGUAUUAAGAAUAAAGCCGCCGAUGUGUAUAAAUAAAGAGGACGUUGACUUCACUGUGUCUGUUCUAGAUCAGGCAAUCAAGAAUUAUUUACAUACUAAAAAAUAAAUAAAUAAUAUACCUACU